AUGACAACCUUCUCACUCGUCGCCCUCACAAUCGUCGUCUGUCUUUGCGUCGUCAGACAUUACAAGGAGUCAUUGCACCGUGUCUAUAGAAGAAUCACAGGGUCGAAAUCAAAAGAUGUCUCCAAUCAAUCCGACGUCAAGCGCCUGGCUCCAUACCCAGCACAGCCUAUCAAGGGUAGAGAUCGAUACCGCGUCAUGAUGGAUAUCCGCAAGCUCGACGUCCACAAUUGGCUUACCCUCGACAAAAACUACAUGGACGAGCACCGAGUCCGCACUCAAUUGCUAGAUGAAAAGCGAGGCAAAGUCAUCCAAUGCCUACCCGAGUCCCUCGCAUCAUGUCAGGAAGCAUUAGAAGAAGUCUCGGACUUCCUGUGCGAGAGAUUCCCCGCCGCAUUCACCAUGUCGACUCAUGAAAACCGAAAAAUCAUCGAAAAUAGCAUGACCGGCGACAAAUUCACUGUUAGUGGCCGCGACGCUAAUGAGGGCUUGACCGAGGCACUGGAAGCCGCUGUUCGGUUGACAAUGGAGGAUCUCAGUAUUUUGAUGAUGAAUGAGGAAGGGGAAUACUACCUAGCAGCGAGUGCCACCGUAUUCCCCACGGGAUGGACGGUGAAUCAAAGAAUUGGAUGGACGAUUUCGCAACUCCAUGGCCCAGUUCCUCUCUGGCACCAACAGGUCGCAAACUCCGUUAGCAAAUUCCUGGCUCGCCUAACGCCAAAUUCCCCAAUGGAGCGCUCAAACUACUUCGUCGAAGUCAAAAGUCCCGAAGAAAAUCUCACAGACAUCCUCUACCGACCGCACGCCCUGUGCGAAAAAGAACUAAGCGACCCAUCGCCAUCGCAGAUCCUAAUCCGUCGCGAAAGGCAGACGUUCCGACGCCUGCCGCGCACAGGAGCCCUGGUCUUCGGUGUCAAGACUUAUCUGACGCCGCUCGAUGAGCUGCCAAUGGCUGAGUUGGCGAACUUGGCUAAGGAGAUGAAGACGUGGCCCGAGUACGUGAGCGAGUAUAAGGGCCGAGAUGUAUGGGGGGCGAAGGUUUUGGAAUAUUACCGGGAGCGAGGGGGUGAGAUCAAUGAAAACGAUGAGAAACUUGAGGUUUGA